ACUGCAUAAUCGAUAACAGAUUCGUCGAUCCGGCUACCCACGCUUUAUUUUCACUAUGGAGAAACCUGUGGGUUCUUUACAAGAGCAAGCUUUGAAAAGAAAAGAAAGAUUAAAAGCUCUACGGGACCGGCAACUUCAAGGACAAGCAUCUGAGGAUGGAGAGCCUGAGAGAAAAAGAGCUCUGGAGGACUCCGAGACCGAGGAUAGGCACAGAGAGCUGAAGCUGAGGAAUUACACUCCGGAGGACGAGGAGCUGAAGGAGCGACAGGUGCCCAAAGCAAAACCUGCAUCAGUGGAGGACAAGGUCAAGGACCAGCUGGAAGCUGCAAACCCAGAGCCUGUGAUUGAGGAAGUGGAUCUGGCCAAUCUUGCCCCCAGAAAACCAGACUGGGAUCUAAAGAGGGAUGUUGCCAAGAAGCUUGAGAAAUUAGAGAGGCGAACACAGAAAGCCAUUGCUGAACUUAUACGUGAGCGGCUCAAGGGAAGUGAGGAAGAGCUGGCUGGAGCGGUCGGAGCAGUUGGCGUGGAAGAGGGAGACUCUGAUUGAAUCUGUUGAGAAUGAUGGUCACGCACAACCAGAUUUUCAAGAAGUUUCCUCCUCAAAUCCUCUUUACAUGGCAGUGUGUGUUUCAAAUGGAUUUCUUAUGCUGAGCGCAGCAUAGCAUAUCAUGCGAUUAGAAGUGUGAGUGUUUGUGUGUGAGAGCGAGGGAGAGGGAAACAAAAAGAAAGAAUGAGAGGAAUACAGGAGUUUUUGUAUUUUUAUAUAGAGUACACAAAGACGGCAACUUCCUUUUUAUUAUUAUUUUGUUGUUUAUAAGUAAACAGUUCUUUCUUUUCUAAAUUGUCUGUCUUUUUCCUUUCUGGUCCUUAUGAUAAAAACAUUUUUCAAUGUCAGUACACUUGUUUUAAAACAAAACCUGAAUGCUGAUAAAGAAGGGCUAAAUUCAUAUUUUCGUGUGGUAUUUUUCUCAUUAAUAUGAGAGUUCUAAAAGCAGACAGAUUACAGAAAAGAAUACAAUAUCAUAAUCGAGCAGAACAGUACAGAUGAAACUGCAGUACAUUAUUCUGGUUUCAAGAUAUUUAAAACAAAUUAGUGUGUACAUGGGCUCAAGUCUCUUCAAGCACUUAAUAAAAUCAAGUACAUUAAAGAAGAGUUAAA